UCAUUAUCAUCAUCAGUGUCUCACCGGCGGCUGCUACUGUGUGAUAUUUGGCUACAGUCAGCUCCAGUUGCGUCGUUUAAGCUGUAUGGUCCUGUACAUGGGCAGGACGUCACACAUCGCUAAAGAAGAUAAACUAAGCUGCACGUUGAACACAGAAAUAUACCCAGCCAUUCAGCCAUUUGACCGCUCACAAGGAAAUCGCUCGCUUUUCCAUUUUUAUUUCCCCUUUUUUUAUUUGUUUGUCAGCACACGCAGACGGAGAUUUACAAAUGCCAACCAGCAAGUCAGGAGGUGUGGCACCGUGGCCGUGUGUCGUUUGUUGUGGGACGUGGACCGGUCACUUUGUUUCUGAAGAUGUGAGGGAAAAAAGGAAACCAAGAGUCCGUACAACUUCAUACGUCACACGUGAUCACCACAGCAACUAAUUGUCGCCUUUAAGUAGCGGACUUUACCUGCGCUCUCGUGGAACUUGGGGAAGGGUGCGCUCCAUGUUUCAUCUAGGACACACCGGUACCGACGGUGCCGGUGGGACGUUGAAAUAAUAACAAAAAUACACUUAUAAUAACAAAAAGAGAGGGGAAAAAAACAUCAACACUUUAGCGGGGGACUUGAGGCGGGCAGCUUCGCGCUGUGGACCGAGUGAUGCCGGACACGUUGAUGCUUCUGAAGAACCGGACAGAGCCACGGCUGGGGCAGCUGGAGCGCAGCCUGUCCGCAGAGGGCACCGCUCGCCCUGCCUGGGUCAUUGCUAUCCUGGCCAGUGUCUUGAUCUUCACCACAGUGGUUGAUGUGCUAGGAAACCUGCUGGUCAUCAUCUCGGUGUUCAGGAACCGCAAGCUGAGGAACGCAGGUAAUGUGUUCGUGGUUAGUCUGGCAUUUGCUGACCUUGUGGUAGCCUUCUACCCCUAUCCCCUGGUCCUUUAUGCUCUCUUCCAUGACGGCUGGGCGCUUGGAAACACUCAGUGCAUGGUCAGCGGUUUCCUUAUGGGGCUUAGUGUCAUUGGCUCCAUCUUCAACAUCACUGGGAUUGCAGUGAACAGAUACUGCUAUAUUUGUCACUCCUUCUCCUACAGCCGACUGUACAGCUACCGCAACACGUUGCUGUUUGUUGCCUUAAUUUGGGUGCUCACUAUUGUGGCCAUUGUCCCAAAUUUCUUUGUUGGUUCUCUGCGCUAUGACCCACGGGUCUACUCCUGCACCUUUGCCCAGAAUGUCAGCAGCUCCUACACGGUGGCGGUGGUAGUGAUUCACUUUCUGGUUCCCAUUGCCGUAGUUACCUUUUGUUAUCUUCGCAUUUGGAUUCUUGUGAUUCAGGUGCGACGCAAAGUAAAGACUGACGACAGUCCUCGCCUCAGACCAAGUGACUUGCGGAAUUUUAUCACCAUGUUUGUUGUAUUUGUCCUGUUUGCAAUCUGCUGGGCCCCACUCAACUUGAUAGGAUUGGCAGUGGCUAUAGAUCCAACUCGCGUGGGUCCCCACAUCCCAGAGUGGCUUUUUGUUGUAAGCUACUUCAUGGCCUACUUCAACAGCUGCCUGAAUGCCAUCAUCUAUGGUUUACUCAACAGGAAUUUCAGGAACGAGUACAAACGCAUCGUCACCUCUGUCUGGGUGACGCGGUUGUUUGUGACGGAGACGUCGAGAGCUGCCACGGACGGCAGGAGCAUGAGGAGCAAGCAAUCACCACCCCCGCCACUCAACAAUAAUGAGUCAGUCAGAGACCGUGCAAACCAAGAAUGAACCUUAGAUACUUGAGGGUUUCAUAUGAUAAUUCCAGUUUUUAUGUAAUAUCAAGGCAGUUGUGCAGCUAAGGAGUAACAAGAAACUAAUGAAACUGGAAGCUGUGGCUUUGUUUCCUAAUUCACAGCAGAGAUUUGUACACUUACAAAACACACAAAGUUUAUGAGUCUCUGAAGUGCUUUUAGAAUCAACUCAUCUUUUAAAGAGAUGACAACGUGUGUUCUGUCAGAGUCACUUACAUCCACAAAGAAAAAAGCCCAGCAUUGCAGUUUCAUUAUAUAAUUAUUACUCUUGACAGACUGAUUGGUACUAUAUGAUUACAAUGAAAAUGUGAUAUCCUUUAAUUUCUGCUGCUGUAGAUGUGUUUCACAAAACUGGGAAAGCACCACUAGUAAACACAUUUUUUAGUAACUUCUAACGCCUCAAAUAAUUAAACUCGCCUCACCUGGAAGUUUAGAAGAAGCUUUUCAUAACAGAGAUAGAAGAAUGACAGAUAGUUAAGUCUGUCAUUUCAUUAUGAGAGUUUUUCAUGUUAUGUGGUUAGAUUUACUCUCGCAACCUAAAUGCUGCAGUAGCUUACCUUAUACUGCCUAGUUUGAUCGUUUUUGCACUAAAAUAACAGGAAAAAGAACUUAGUAAAAGACAACUUAGUAAAUGAAUUGAAGAGAUUAAUUAAGGUUUGUUUGACAAGUUAAAUCUAUCAAGUCACUUCAUAAGAGUUUUUAAUUAAUUUCAUUUUUUAUAUCUUUUGCAUGUGAUGUAGCAUGUGGAGGAAACCUUACUUUUGUUGCUGUUCCAGCCUUAGAACCCAUAGAUAUCAGCUACUGUAAUCUGAUCUGCAGCCUUAGUAGAAAACUAUAUACAGUAAGAGGCACAAUUUUGUAAAAUCAUAAUUUGGUUAACAUUCGCAAGUAACUUGUAUUUUUUAUUAACUUAUAAAUUUAUAAAAUUAACACACUGCCUGGCCACCAAAAAAAAAAAAGGUCACACACUAUAAUAUUUUGUUGGACUAACUGUAACUUUGAUUACAGCAAUGAGCUUCUGCACUAUCACAAGUUGUAUUUCCAUUCAGUGUUGUAUUAGCUUUUCACCAAGAGCUUGCACUGAUGAUGGUUCAGUCUGACGACUGUGCAAAGCCUUCUCCAGCACAUCCCAAAGAUUCUUAAAGGCGUUAGGGUCUGAAGUCUGGUGGCAAAUCCAUGUGUGAAAAUUUCUCAUGCUCCCUGAAUUCUACUCUUGUUUUUCUGCAAUUUGAUUUCACCAAACGCCGAUUAUGAUCAUUUACAAUUUUUUACCUGCCACAUUUCUUCCUCACAGAAAAUGGGUUCCUACUAUCAUUCCAAUAUACUCUUAACCGAAUGUUAGUAGUUUCUGAAAUCUUAUUGGCUGUUUUCUCUGCUUGAUGCAUGCCAAUGAUUUGACCCUUCUCAAACAGACCACGGGAUGUGUUUGUCCAAAUGGGUGGUUAAGAAAUGAGAAGCAAAUGAUUGCACCGGUUCGAGUUAAAUAACUUGUUGUCAGCUGAACCAUAAUCGCCCAUGCUGUAAUUAUUCAAUAGGAGGCUUGUACCUAUUUGCUCAGUUAAAUCCAAGUGGCAACUUUUUUUUGGGCCAGACAGAGUAGUAUACCUGUUCAAAAAGGUUAAAUAGCUAACUGAGGUUAAAGUAACAUUUAAAUACCUACUAAUAAAGCAGAAUUCUAUUGCUAAAAAGACUGCUUAAAAAUGAUUUUAUCUGAGGUUAUCAUGCAUGGGAAGGUUAGUGAACUUUGUGACACUAUUGGUUCUCAUGAAAACAGUUAUGCUAAAUUAGGACUAAAAGUCCCAAGAAAAUACCCUUGCACCAUUGUCAGAUACCUGACCAUCGAUAGAGAUCAGGAUGGAUCAAUGCUUUCCUGGUGUUUAUGACAGAUUGUGACAUAAACAACACAGCAUCUGAAUGUUGAGACUAAAAUAGAGACUCAACAAAAUAUUAAAUUGUCUUACAAAAUGUUAAUUGUCUAGUGCAUCUGCUUCGACUGUUGUCUCAGUUUCCAAUUCUUAACUGACAGUGGCAUCUGGUAGCGCCUUCUGCUGUGGUGGCCCAUCAAUUUCAAGCUUCAGCAUAUUCAGAGCCAGUAUGCCACCUAUCCUAUUCCUUCUAUCAUCCACACAACCCUUACUGAAUGCUUUGUCUUUUUUUAAAAUCAUUUUGUUUGAGCUUUAGAGAUGGUUGUGAAAAUCUCAAUACAUCAAAAGUCUUUUAAAUAGUAAAAACAGUCCAUCAAGCAUAGGACAUGGCACAUUUCAGGUCACUUACAACCCAUUCGUCCUCAAUCUAAUGCUCAGUUUAAAAUUCAGCAAGCAGCCCAAACCAUGUUUAGAUUCCUAAACACAUUGGGUUAAUGUCAUGUGAUUGGCUCGUUCUCUAUUUCUCUUAACAAGCAAUUUAUUAAACAAGUGUAUCUGAUAAAUUGACUGUCUCAGCUUUAACUUUUAGUCCCAAACAAGGGGAUAUGGCUAUGGCUCUGGUAGACCCCUGCUUCUCUUAGUAACACUUGUAGAAGAUUCCAUGUUGGAUGGAUGAAAGCCACUGCCAGGGACAAGACCUUAUUUUCCUCCAGUUUUCUAAUGCGUAACUCCUGCUCAACAUAUGUUACACAACACCAUAGUUAUAGUUUUGACAAAUCUGAGUUUAUUUAAAGUAACAAAUACCAAUUUUAAUACCUCCAUAUUUAUAAAUACAUUAAAAGACAUUCUUUAACACUGCAGUCAUUUUUGGCAUUUUGUAUUUGGAAAGUCAAACAGAAGGACAGAGACUUAUCAUUAAAGAGCUCUGUGCACUGAUGUCAAUCACCAACUAAAUCUAAAUGCAAUAACUAUCUUUCAAUUUCACCAAAAAGCCCAGUGCAGCUGCAUGGGCAUGAUUCUUUAUGCACACUAACACAUCACUAUGCAACUCAAAUGCAGUGUUUGUCACAGUUCAAGGGAUUCACGGCGGUCAGUGUGAACUGAUAACAGAAUCCAUCAGCUUAGGACAGCUGUAUUCCCAGAUGUCACAGCAAAUCACAGAUUUAUCAUGAAAAAAGAUAUGAAUGAUGUUGCUGGUUUCCAGUCUGUGUCAUAUGAAAAAGAGGUCAAGAUUUGUCCUGGUCUACUAAAUUAGCAUAUAUUCUGUACAAAAACAAUCAACCAUCCUUAGCAACAUGUAUGUUGGUUUCAUACAGUAUAUUGGUUUCCUCUGUAUUCUACAUCAUAUGCUGCACAAUAUGUAGAAAUCUCUUGCAGUUUGAGCUCUU